AUGGUUGACGAUUCUGUCAAACCAGUCGAUCCCUUCAAAGACCCUUAUUCUCUUCACCAUUCUGAUAAUCCCACUGCUGUUCUUGUGUCACCUCCUUUGAAUGGUGAUAAUUACAACACUUGGGUUAGAGCUAUGAAAAUGGCAUUGAGAGCCAAAAACAAGCUUGGGUUCGUAGACGGAACCAUCUCAGCGCCUGUUUCUAUAGCGGAAAAUUUUUCUCAAUGGAUUCGUGUUAAUGACAUGGUUACUUCUUGGCUUCUUCAUUCACUCACACCAGAACUGGCAAUCAGCGUCAUUUAUGUGGAUUUAAUCCAUGAAAUCUGGAUUGAUCUUAAGACUCGAUUUUCUCAGCCCAAUACGACCAAGCUUUAUCAGAUCAAGCUUGCUAUCGCAGACUGGAAGCAGGACAAACUCUCCAUCUCUGCUUGCUUCACCAAGCUGAAGACGCUCUGGGAUGAGCUAUCUUUAUACAUAUCUGUACCUACUUGUAGUUGUGGUGCAUCUAAAGAACUCAACCUAUUUUUUCAACAAGAUCAAAGCAUGAAGUUUUUACAAGGGCUCCAUGAGUCUUUUGCUCCUCUGCGCAGUCAGUUACUUCUCCAGGAUCCCCUUCCACCAGUUGCAAAAUUAUAUUCAUUGGCAUUGCAAGAAGAAAAACAACGUGAAAUCACUUCAGCAACCUUCGCCAAGCCAGAGGUUUCAGCGCUUAUCUCCAAUGUCCCAAAGACUAUUUCUUCUAAUCGUGGACAGCGCACUCGCCCACACUAUGACCAUUGUAACAUGGAUGGACAUACUAUUCAGAUGUGUUAUAAACUACAUGGGUAUCCUCCCAGGACUCCAAUGCAUUGUACCCACUGCGACAAGGAUGGCCACACAGUUUCCACUUGUUAUAAAUUGCAUGGUUACCCACCAAAGAAGAGUGCAGCUUCAAAUUCUUCUCAGCCUAAAGGUUUACAAGCAGCUGGUUUGGUUGAUAACCAGAUUAUCUCCUCAAGCCUCGUUAGUCCUUCCAUCUCCGCUGAUCAAUAUGCUCAAAUCCUUGUCAUUCUUCAACAAGGUAGUACCCCACCUUCUGUUAACAUUGCAGGACCUGUUAACGAAAAAAAAUGA